AUGUCUCAAAAACUUGGUCACACAGGGCUCUCUUUUGCACGCCUUUGGCACCAUCUUGACGUCGCUCAGGAUAAAAGAACGUUAGGUAGAUUGGCAAGCUCGAUUGCGCUAACUUUGAUUGGGAAACACAAGCCUGUCUAUCACCCGAGCCAGGACUCUGGUGACUAUGUUGUGGUAACUAACUGUCAGCAGCUCCGUGUCACCGGCCGCAAAUUUGACCAAAAACAAUACUGGUCGCACUCUCAGAAACCAGGCCAUUUGAAGCAGGUAACGAUGCGUAGGAUGGCAGAAAACAAGGGCUACGGAGAAAUACUCAAGAAAGCUGUGAGCGGAAUGCUGCCUAAAAACAAGCUACGGAAGCCUCGGCUGGAACGGUUGAAGGUGUUUGACGGCAGCCAGCAUCCGUAUACCUCCAACAUCACCGCUUUUGUUGAUCAACAGCCCAAAAUAGCAAGAAAGGUGGAGGACGUGAAAUAG